CACUAACAAGUUUACCACAUGUUUGUUCAGGCUAAUUAUAUUCAGAUUAUCAAGGUAACAUCAUUUAUAACAGCAUUACAUAAAAACAUAGACUUAUUCGAUGCAAACAACUAUCUUCUGGCUCACACUAAGCAGCAUAACAAUUUUAAAUCACUUCUCAAAUUCUCUUUCAGCUGUGAAAACAUGGACUUGCCGUAAUUUUAAUUCAACACAGGUAGUACGUCAAGGAUCGUCAACCAGCAUCAAUUGUUAUCAAAAACAGAACUUUUGUCUCAGAGACAAGGGUGUUGCUUUUGCAGUUGAUUUGAGAAGAAAACAUUUACUUUGUGCAUACUUCUAUAUAAACCAAUCCUGGAAUAAGCAGUCGUGCAAUGACAACAUUAGAUUUGUAUGGAUUCCAGAAACAGAGCAAAUAUCGUUUGACUUGCUAAAUAUUCAGAUAAAUCAUUCUGCUGAUUACACAUGUACAGUAAUUCAGUACUUCCCACCUCCUACACACUGUGUGUUAAUCCAGAGGACAUUGAUUCAAGUAAUAGCAUCUCCAUCUGUUUCUGUGGCAUGUGUGAAAGAGCCUGAUGGAACUCCCACUAUGCUUUGUGCUACUGAGGGCUUUUACCCUGCUGAUCUGAAACAGGCCUGGCUCAGAGAUGGAGAGUACAUCAGUUACCUGAACACAUCACUUCAAAGACCAAAUUACGAUGAAAAUCUGAGCACUUCUCACAUCAACUGGACCUUCAAAAACAACACAGAUGGGUCCUACAGCCUUAUGUCAUACCUUCACCUGUCAUCAAACAUAGCAGAGCAGGUGAUGUACUUCUGCUGGGUGAAUCACUCAACACUGAUUGAACCAAUCACUGUUAUCAUGUCAUCUGAUGAAUGCACCGAGACAGAAGCGGAAUUCACAGGUAUUUUUGUUCGUUGUAUAGUCGUGGGGCCCAUCUUUGGCUUGUUGAUUUGCACUGCUUUGUUCAUUGAAAUUUACUUUCAGCACCUCAGUAAGUUUUUCUUCACACACACACACAAAUACAUAUGAAACAUUUAUACAAAAAUCCAUUAGUAAAAGCAGUAAAACUCUUUUCUGUUUAUGAAUGCAGCGACUGUCUUGUGCAGUUUUUUUGAGCAUCUUGCAGCAUCUGUCACAGUUCUUCUGGUGAUGCUGACUGUCAUACCUUUUUCUGUAU